AUGGACUAUCAAAAUAGAGCUGGCUCAAAGAAAGGUGCUGCAGGUAUAGCAUCGGAUGCUCAAGCUAAUUUGGCAAGAAGGAAACAGGUGGAAGAGCUGCUCAAAGAUGGGGAGCAGAUUCCUUAUACAUUCCAAGAUGAAGAUGGCCAAAGUGAAAAGUUGCGAAAGAAUCCAUACAUUUACAAGAAUCACUCAGGCAAGCUUAUCUGUAAGCUUUGCAAUACUAUGCAUGUUUCUUGGUCCAGCGUAGAACGGCAUCUGAGUGGCAAGAAACAUGGUUUGAACGUGCUGAGACGUGGCAAUACUACCGGAAAGGCUGAAAAUCAUGAAAGAAGUGAAUUGCAAGAUGAUCGCGACAGAGAGUUUCAACGAGAAGUAAUGCUGAGAAGAGAAAACUUGAAAAAUACUGGACUGAUACCGAAGUGUACAGUAGUGAACGUCCAGGGGAAGUCAACCAACAGUCAUGGUGUUGCAAUAAGAGUGGACUAUAACGUCGACGAAUCGCCGAGCCUUGACUUCUCAGCUUCGGAAGAGAGGUUGAGCCCCAUGGUACGAAUUGUGUCCGGUUUGGAAUUGCAGGAAAUUGAGAAGAAGGAUAAAAAGUACGUAGUCAUUGCUUAUGAACCUUUUGAGAAUGUGGCUGUAGAGAUACCCUCAGACAUGUCAAUCAUGAUGAAUGAAUCAGAAGUGAAUUCAGUGGCAAUAGACGACGUAAAUUCCAAAUGCACCUUUUGGGAUGAAGCACACCGCAAAUUAUAUGUCCAGUUUUUCCUUGAGUGA